AUGGCAUCAAAACGACCUGAACAUCAAGGUCCACCAGAUAUUUUUUAUAACGAAGAAGAAGCUCGAAAAUAUUCGCAAAAUACACAUAUUAUUGAUGUACAAACAAAAUUAUCUGAACGUGCUAUUGAAUUACUUAAUUUACCUGAUGAAGAAUCAUGUUUAGUACUUGAUAUUGGAUGUGGUUCUGGUUUAAGUGGAGAAGUACUAACAGAGUUAGGUCAUCAAUGGAUUGGACUUGAUAUAUCACAAGCAAUGUUAGAUGUAGCACAAGAACGAGAAAGUGAAGGUGAUCUUAUAUUAGGUGAUAUUGGUUAUGGAAUGCCAUUUCGUGCUGGUUCUUUCGAUGGUGCUAUAAGUAUUUCAGCAUUACAAUGGUUAUGUCAAGCUGAUAAAAGUUAUCAUAAUCCAGUAAAACGACUUUAUAAAUUUUUUUCAACACUUUAUAGUUGUUUGGCUCGUGGUGCUCGAGCUGUACUCCAGUUUUAUCCAGAAACACCAAAUCAAGUUGAUAUGAUCACGCAACAAGCAAUGAAAGCUGGUUUUACUGGUGGUCUUGUUGUAGAUUAUCCAAAUAGUACACGAGCAAAGAAAAUGUUUUUAUGUUUGUUUGCUGGUGGUCAAGUUCAACAAUUACCUAAAGGUUUAACAGGUGAAGAAGGUAGUGAAGAAAUUCCGAGUCAAGCACGAUUUGAUAGAGAAAGACAACGUUAUAAAAAUCUUCGUGGUAAAUCAUUAAAAAAAAGCCGUACAUGGAUUAUGGAAAAAAAAGAACGUUGGAGAAACAAAGGAAGAGAUGUUCGACCCGACUCAAAAUAUACGGCACGAAAACGACCAAAAGCUUUUUGA